GCUUACGCUAAUGCACCAAACGAGCCAAAAUGGCAACCAUAUAGGAAUAGUUUCCACAUCCCCGUACUAUUUCCGCUUGGGCAUGCGCAGUUAACUUAAAUCUUGGAAGCUAUCGGCUGUUUUUGUUUGUGUGAUUGGGAGCAGCCACUUCUUACCUCAGUUUCUCGUCGCUGUACCGUCGUUAAAACCGGAAUCUUAACUGUACUGACACACGGGCAGUUACUAUGGGUGCUGGUUCGAGCACCGAGGCCGAGAGGGAGCCGCUCAUUGUUCCUCCUUCUGUGGAGACGGGCACUCAUCCGGUAAACAGCAGAGUGUAUGGGAGAAGAUGGCUGGUUCUGACCCUCUUUUCCCUGCUGGCACUAAUGCAGGGGAUGGUGUGGAACUUCUGGGGUCCCAUACAGAACUCGGCCGCUCACGCGUUCGGCUUUACCAAGUCUGACAUCGCGAUUUUGGUGCUGUGGGGACCGGUUGGCUUCGUCCCUUGGUUGCUGUUUAUGUGGUUGAUGGACAAAAAAGGUUUGCGGGCGUCCCUCCUCCUCUCUACUGUUUUCAUGCUGCUAGGAGCGGCUCUAAGAAGUAUCCCACUGACAGGCCAGCCUUUGAGACGAUGGUUGAUACACGGAGGUCAGCUGCUAAACGGUUUAGCCGGCCCCACCAUAAUGAGCGCCGGCCCCUUUCUCUCCACCACAUGGUUUGCCCCUGAUCAGAGAGCCACAGCAACAGCCGUGGCCUCACUCUUCUCUUACCUUGGAGGCGCUGCUUCAUUUGUAGUGGGGCCUCUGGUAGUUCCAGCUCCCAAUGACACCCAGGCAAUAACCACGAUCUCUGCAGCGGUUUCCGACAGCUUCAUCCGGGACAGGAUCCAGCUAGUAAUGUAUGCAGAGUUGGUUGCUGUUGCUGUGCUUUUUGCAGCAGUCCUGCUCUAUUUCCCUGCACGCCCACCAGUGCCUCCCAGCGUGGCCGCUGCAAGCCAGAGACUCAGUUACAGGAGCAGCAUCUGCAGACUUCUUAGCAAUCUGCGGUUCCUGAUGAUAGCACUUGCCUAUGCAGUCCCCACAGGAGUGAUUGCUGGCUGGUCGGGCGUCCUUGACAUGGUUCUUACACCAGCCAAAGUCAGUCAGGUGGAUGCAGGCUGGAUUGGGUUCUGGUCUACUGUUGGUGGAUGUGUGUUUGGAGUGGCAAUGGCCCGAUUUGCAGACUCUAUCCGUGGGAUGCUGAAGCUGAUCCUGGUGCUGAUGCUGGCAGGAGCCUCCCUGGCCUCUACUUGGUUCACACUCACCUGUCUGACCAGAUAUACCCACCUCCCCUCCACUUCAGCAAUCCUGUACACUUCCUGCAUCCUGGUCGGCAUUUUUAUUAACAGCAGUGUUCCGAUAUUCUUCGAGUUGUUCAUCGAGACAGUGUACCCGGUCCCUGAAGGUAUCACCUGUGGUGUCGUCACUUUCCUGGGUAACCUUGUCACCGGGCUGCUCCUCUUCUUCCUCACCUUUUACUGUAAAGAUAUAUCGUGGCUGAACUGGUGCCUAACUGGCUCCUGUCUCUUUAGCCUCGUCCUCAUCCUUUUCUUCAGGGAGUCCUACGACCGCCUCUACCUGGAUGUUUUUGUCUCUGUGUGACGCUGAGGAGGAUCGAACACUCGAACCUAAUAAUAAAGGAUUAAAUAAUCAUUUGCACAAAGAAGACGAGAAAAGGGAGAUGAAGGGCAAAUGAGACGCCUGCACUCUUUUUAGAUGUAAUAUUUUAGGAAUAAAUGUGAUCUCAAUGUUUACUCUUUAUAAGUGAUUGACUCAACGCCAUACGACUAUUUAACUCGUUAUUACCUCCUUUUGUCUCUGUGUUUGUAUGUAAACAACCUUCUGUGACGUUUUUUUUUGAUGAUGGAACAUUUAAAGCUGCAAUCGGUGUCACCCCCGUGCAACUGUUCACCUGAUCUGGACACCCUCAAAGCUUACAAGCCAGGUGUCUCACUGACUCCAGAUCAGCAUCAGGUGCGCGCUCCUAACAAAGAAGUAAAAGGUGGGAAAGAAACUGUCUCAUCAGCCAGUCGGCAUGCCUGGCUAUGUCGGGGAUAAACAAAGGACUUCCUGGUGUUUUAGGCUGUUACAGACUUGCUUGUGCUGAGGUGACCUGUAACCUGUCAUUGAGAGAAAGGUGCUUAUAUGAUGAUUUCUCACCCUCUCAAGAUGAUCGAGAAAUCUUCUCCUGGAUUCAGAUAUAUGGACUGGGACACAUCUGCAGUCUUCUGCCAGUGAGCUGCACAUAUGAAAGAAACUGAUGAUGCUCUCUCUGUUCUUCUGCCUAUUUAUAAAUAACUGUAUCAAUUUCUGGGAGAUUUGCUUUUUAAUCUAAUGUUAAUUAGUUUUUGUUUUUUUAAUCAUUUGUUUCUUCCAGGAGUCUGCCAAUAUUUAUUGGAAAUGUCUCAACACUAACAAAGCUAAAACACAAUUUCACCACAAAAAAAGG